AUGAGUAUUCUGCAGGCGACAUAUCCUCCGCUACGGGACCUACGUCUCGCUGAGCCAUCAGACAUCAUUCGAAUGGGCACACUGAUGUACGCCGCCUUUGCUUCAGAACCGAUGUUCAACUACCUCCGUCCCAAACACGCGAGUGUGGUGCAAUAUGCUCUACAGUUUCACCGCGAAUACAGCAGGGCCAUGAUAGAGAAUCCCAACACCAAAAUAGUCAUGGUAGUAGAGGACAAGUACAACCCAAAGGAACAGAACUAUCUCAAGACCGAUAUCUCUACGAAAGACACUUGGUCGAGCACUCAACCAACACCGAAGGAGGGUAACCCCGUCGUCGUGGGACUGGCAUGCUGGUCCUUCACGCACGGCAGGGAUGCUCCGCCCAUUGGUCAGCACCAAAUACGUGCAAAAGCUUUCAACGACGAUACUUGGCCCGAAUUCGGCUCACUUCAAGUUCCGGGAGAUUACGAUCACGAGGAGCACUGGAAGCUCUACGAGACUAGCAAGGAUAGCAUGCGCCGUGCGCGUAUUGACGAUUGCGGCAUGACUCUUGAGAUGUUGGCUGUACAUCCAGCUUACCAAAGGACAGGACACGCUACGACACUACUGAAUUGGGGAAAAGAUUUGGCUCAGAAACUGAACGUUAACAUGGUUGUUUAG